AUUUUCUUUUGGAGAGUACACCAGUUUUUUUGGGAAAGUACAUCCUUUACUUUCCAAAUAUAGAAUUUGCCAUGCCCAUCAAAACUUAACCUCAUCUUCUCUUCCUUGAAAUUCGCUCUUUUUGUUCGGUGCAAUACUAGUAUACUGCUUCGUUGUCAACUUUGUAGAAAGAGAGUUCGAAAAUCAAGUCGGUUAUAUUUGAUACUAUUUUCAAAGCCUGGGGUUUUCUAAUAUAUAAUAGUGUGCUUGUAGGUUGUGGGUGUGACUUUUGAUUGAAUCUGCUCUUUAAUUUGACUUUUCUUCCAAUUUUGUGAGUUGAAUUCAAGAAACUUUGCACUUAAAUAUGCUGUGAAGUUAUUGAAUUUAAGGUGUUUGGAUUGUGGAAUGGAAAGGGAGAGGUAAUUUAUGGUGCAAUAUUGAGGUGAAUAAAAUGAUUUUGAUUUUCAGAUAUUGGAUUGUUGGACUGCCAAUAGUGGAGGACUACAGGGAAUCUGGUACAAGGUUGAGUGAGUUGAGUGUUCUCUAGUAUUUGGUUAAUUUAUAGGAGAAAUUAUUUGCUAUUUUGGUUAGAAAUGGAGAGGGGAGUUGGUUUUUGGGCGUUUCCAAGAGGUCAAACGGAGGGUGUUUCCACUGAUGCUAGUACAAGGUCUACAAAUGUUGAAUCUUUCAACAAUGUUAUGGAGAUUAUGAAUCUAGAUGCUUAUGCCGGAUGGUGCUCUAGCCCAAGUGCAACAGACCAGAUGUUUGCGUCUUAUGCAACAUUUUCUCCAAUUAAUCAAAGUUAUGCACCAUUUGAAGGAAUGAGUUCUGUAGAUCAACAUACGGGAGCAUUUCCUCCAAUGGAUGCGAAUAUGGUGGUUAGUAGUCAUGACGAUGGAGGAGAGAAAAUGGUGUUUGGGCAAAAUGAUGAUGAUCAGUUCCAUUUUGUGGUGGAUUCGGGUGAUGGGGGGAUUGGUUUGGUAGCUGAAAGAAGUAAAAAAUCAAGCCAAUGUGGUGCUGAUGGUGCGGAUAUGAGCAACUCUAUGAUCGUAAAGUCACCUUCUCAGCCACUUGCUGAGAGAAUGCUUAGGGCAUUGGCAAUGUUUAAAGAGUCCUCCGGCGCGGGAAUUUUAGCUCAAGUUUGGAUUCCAAUGAAGAAUGACGAAAAUCAGUAUGUGUUGAGCACGUGUGAACAACCCUAUCUUCUUGAUCAGGCGCUUUCUGGCUAUCGAGAGGUCUCCAGGAAGUUCACUUUUGAUACAGAAACAAAACCAGGAGCAACUCCAGGUCUUCCUGGUCGAGUGUUUAGUUCCAGAAUUCCUGAGUGGACGUCAAAUGUUUUAUACUACAAGGAAGCUGAGUAUUUACGUGUACAAUAUGCUGUUAACCAUCAAGUUCGUGGAUCUAUCGCUUUACCUGUCUUAGAGGAUGAUGCCUCUGAAAGUCCAUGUUGUGCAGUAUUGGAACUCGUAACAAUGAAGGAGAAACCAAAUUUUGAUUUGGAAAUGGAUCAUGUUUGUCAGGCUCUUCAGGCCGUGAAUUUAAGGAGUAUAACGCCUCCGAGACUUGAUUCUCAGAAUCUUUCAAAUAACCAAAGAGAUGCUUUAGCUGAGAUAACAGAUGUUCUGCGAGCAGUUUGCCAUGCACAUAAGCUGCCUCUUGCUUUGACAUGGAUUCCCUGUAGUUUCACGAAAGGAGAUGAAUCCAUAAGAGUGCAUACCAGAGGAUGUAAUGCAAGUUUAAAUGAAAAAUGUGUGUUAUGUGUUGAGGAUACAACUUGUUAUGUGAGUGACAAGGAAAUGCAAGGAUUUGUACAUGCAUGUAUGGAACAUUUUCUCGAAGAAGGUGAAGGUAUUGUUGGGAAAGCUCUUCAAUCCAACUACCCUUUUUUCUACCCUGAUGUGAAGGAGUACCAUAUAAGUGAGUACCCACUUGUUCAUCAUGCACGAAAAUGUGGUCUAAAUGCUGCAGUGGCUAUCAGAUUACGUAGUACAUUCACCGGUGAUGACGAUUACGUAUUGGAGUUCUUUCUUCCAAUCAGUAUGAAGGGAAGUACCGAGCAACAACUUCUCUUGAAUAACCUUUCAGGUACCAUGCAAAGAAUUUGCAGAAGUUUGAGAACAGUGUCAGAUGCAGAAUUAGUAGGACAGGGUGCUACAUUUGGGUUACAAGAUGGAUCUGUUCCAUGUUUACCACCGAUUGCAUUGUCUAGGAGAAACACUCAGCACACAUUAGAUAACAAUUCAGAUUCUGUGAACGAGACUCCUUUAGGUGCCUCUAAUUCAAAAAGUGCUAAAAUGCAUGUUGUUGAUUCUCGUGAACAGACAACUAUUAGAUCAAGAAGACAAAUAGAGAAAAAACGAAGUACAGCUGAAAAACAUGUCAGCCUAAGUGUUCUUCAGCAAUACUUCUCUGGAAGCUUAAAGGAUGCUGCAAAAAGCAUUGGUGUGUGUCCAACUACCUUGAAAAGGAUAUGUCGACAACAUGGGAUAUCUAGAUGGCCAUCUCGGAAGAUAAACAAAGUGAAUCGGUCUUUAAAAAAGAUACAAACAGUGCUUGAAUCUGUACAAGGAGUAGAAGGGGGAUUGAAGUUUGAUCCAGCCACCGGAGGCCUAGUUCCAGCUGGCUCUGUCAUUGAAGAUUUCGAUACACGGAAAAACAUAUUUUUUCCGUUCGAAGAUGUCUCUAUCAAAAAUCCUACUUCUGUUUUUCAAGAUGUCGUGUCUGUACCCUCAACUUCAGCCAAUAACAAAGAAAACUCUAUGGUGAAAAUGGAAGGGGACUCUUAUAUUGAUGGAAACCAACUCAGCCAAUCAAAUGAUAUCAAUACUCUCUCGGGAGGGGAUAAAUCAGCUGUCAUGUCUAGAUUUUGUUACCAACCCAAGUUGGUUGCAUUAGAGUCAUCCAGACCUACAAGUCUGAAUGCGAUCCCACUUACUGAUUCUGAAAAUGUUUCAUUGGGCUCUUUUCUUGCAAAACAAGGAUGCAGGAGGUGGGGAUUGAACUAUGAUACCUUGGACAAUUUUGAUCGUCAUUUCACUUCUCGAUGCUCGUUUGCUAAGGCUGUUGGAGGUGAGACAGACAAUAAAAUAAAAAGAGAUACUGAAAUAGAUGGUGAUGGUGGGGUCAUUGAACAUAACCAGGCCAGUUCUUCAGCCAUGACAGACUCAUCCAAUGGGUCUGGGUCGAUGAUGAAUGGAAGUUCAUCAAGUUCUCGCAGUCGUGGUGGUGCAGAGAAGUAUUCUAUGGUUGAGUUGAACUGUGGUGAUAGUGGGUCAACAAUUACUGUGAAAGCCACUUACAAAGAAGAUACCAUCCGAUUUAAGUUUGAGCUUUCAGCAGGGUGCUUACAACUCUAUGAGGAGGUUGCUAAAAGGUUUAAACUGCAGACAGGGACAUUCCAACUCAAGUAUCUUGAUGAUGAGGCGGAAUGGGUGAUGUUGGUAAAUGAUGCAGAUUUGCAUGAGUGCCUUCAGAUACUGGAUUUUGUUGGUGGUCGUACCCUCAAAUUUCUUGUUCGUGAUACGCCUUGUGCUAUGGGUAGCUCAGACAGCAGUAACUGCUUUAUAGCAAGUGGCUCUUAAUGCUGUCUUUUUAGCAAGUGGCUCUUAAUACUACAACUCUGAAAGCUUAAAUCAGCAUCUGGUACUUAAAAUGAUAACAGGAUCCCUCGAAUGAUUUUGAGAGUUGCUAGCCUAGUUUAGACGCGAAUCACUAGUAUGUUCGGUAGAGCUUUUUCCUUCUGCGCGAGAUAUCCAAAAAGAAGUAAGAGCAUAAGUAGUUCUGCAUGGUAGGUGAUUUAUUUCUGUUUUUCUACAAAUCUCAAGUGUGUUUCCCACUCUGUAAAUAUGUUCGUUAAUUGGUGAGUGUUCUUUUAGGAAAUAGUUAAAGCAAUAAGAUGUACGUCUUUCAAUAAGAGCAUAAGUAGUUCAGUAGAAGUGCAUAGUAGUAGAAGUCCCACAGUAGGUGAAAGUUCAUUUAUUUAUGUUUUUCUAUUAUGUUUGCACGAGAGAUAGAUGAAACAUAUUUCUACAAGUCACAGAUGAGUUAAAAGAAUCAUCUUAAAUGUCUUUCCCACUCUAUAAAUAUGUUAGCUAGUUGAUGAGUGUUCUUUCAGGAAAUAGUCAAAGCAAUAAGAUGUACUCUUAAGAAUAUGUAAAGUUUCCUCUUCUCAUAACUGUUUUUGCAAUGUUAGUUCUCUUUUUAUUGUGUUUUAUUUUCAGUUGUUCUGUAUGGAAAAACAACAAUCUCUUACAAUUUCCUAAUGCAAUGUUAGUUCUCUUUUUA